AUGGGUCGUCAUCGUAGCGGCGGCGGAUCAUCAUACCGAUCAGACAAGAGAAAAACCCGAGAUUGGGACGACCCUGACGGCCCCGGCGACGCCGCCGAGAGAUCCCCGCGAGCACUUUACGAGCGAUUCGACCCAGAAAAUAUCAGCCGUUUAUGGAGGCUAUAUGAUACCCAGUGGCAUCACAAGCCCGGCGAGAGGUUUCUGACUCGGAAGGAGUUCACCGACCUCCUCGAGGAAAUGCACACGACCAAGAUCACCGAAAUUCACGAUGAGGGUAUGAGGAGGAUCAAAGAGGGUGAGUUUUGCUUGACACCCCCCGGAUCAUCAUCAUAUUUCACAAGCACAUGCAUAUACAGCACGCGGAAGGAACGAGGGUCGACUGGCCAAUAUAACCAAUUCACCGAAAGCCUCCUACGUUUCCACAAUUCCGCGAACGUAUCCCACGAGCAAGACCAAUCUCUCGCAGCCCCCUCCGAAAACCGCAUCAUGAGGGCCCGUUCAAAUUCACUUGACGCCCCCAAAGUCACCAUGCCCACCAUCAUCAAAACCCAGCUCUCCCCAACAGAAGCAGAACACAAGCCCAAGCUAUUAGACAUACCCGCACUACCCCCAGCGCCUCCCUCGACCUCACCGCCACCUCUCCCAACCCCUCAGCCCACCGCCUCACCCUCGCCCUCGCCCUCUGAAGCAAUCAAGCAAAGUCCCCGCCCCUCUCCCAGCCCGCGAAAGUCAAGAUUCACUCCAUUAGAGAGCCCACAACCGCAUUCCCAGACGCCGGGUGAAACGCCACCGCCGCCACCACCACCUCCACAGCAACAACGACAACAGCCAUACAUCCCCCCCACGCCCGCGGAACUUGACUCGGCAACAUCCGUCAUCCGCGCCGCCUGCGCCGCCGAAGAGGCGGAAGCGCUCGCCCGCCACAGCCAGCAAGUCAAAGCAGCAAAAGCGCUCGUAUGGAUCGACGUCAUCAAGCUCGCCGGAGAAAUCCCCUGUCUCGCCGCCCUUGUCGGUGGCGCGUCUGGCGAGGACGGCGAGGCUGCUGCUGCGACAAAGGGAGGGCCGGAGGGAAUGACGGAAUCAGCCUUGAUGAGUGCAUUUGCGGGCCUGAUGCGCUGGGAAGAGCGCGCUGAGAAGGCGAGAGAGUGUCUUGUGGAGGCGGUGGGCGGGUUGGAGGGGUUGGGGAUGGGGGGGAGGUGGUGGGGUUGGGGGAGAGGGUUAGGGGCUUGA